AACUGCUUUAAACGCUCAAAUUCAGUUUGAAAAUGCGAUUGGAAUGCAACGGCGGAAGCAGUGGCAGUUCGCCAAGGCGACGAAUGAACGUACUAGACAACGGAAAAAAUCACGGAAAUCAUUAUGCGCGUCAUAAUCAACAGCAGAACCAUUCGAGGAUGCACCAGGGAACUGCAUAUGAUACGAAUGAUAAGGAUACGACAAAUAUGACCGAACUGCCUCCUUCUAGCGGGUCAUUUCUACACAUAUCCGUCACCAUGCUGGCCCUCGGUAGCCGUCUGUUCGUGAUAGUGUUGCAGAUUGUCGCGAAUCUUAUGCUACCGGAUCACGAUGCAAACGUGUUUGUUGCACCGCGUGAUGAAGAAGCCCCCGAGCGGCCUUUAGAUGCUAUAGUACGUUUUACGCUCGGCGGGUUGGAUCGCUGGGAUGGGCAGUACUUCUUACACAUCGCCGAGCACGGCUACACGUACGAAAAUACUCUGGCGUUUUUCCCACUGUUUCCUUUUAUCCUGAAAAUCGUGAGCAGCGCACUAAGCAGCUACGAUGUGAUCACGUUCGUUAGCUAUCGCGAGCUUUCCCUGCUGCUGGCAGUGCUGCUGAAUUUAGUGUGUUUCACUGGUGCUGCAAAGGCAUUGUACCGGCUGAGUAAGCUUGUACUCGGCAAUCAGAAGAAGGCAGAAAUCGCUGUACUGCUGUUUUGCUUCAAUCCGGCUUCGAUCUUUUUUACCGCCCCGUACACCGAGAGCUUGUACGCCUGGCUUUCGUUCGUCGUAAUGCAUCAGUGUAUAGAGGACGUGACAUCGAUAUUUCUCACUAUACCGCUCAGUCUCUCAAUCUUGUGUCGCUCGAAUGGGAUGUUUAACAUCGGUUUCGUGUUAUAUUUUGCCAUGCGGCGCGUCGUAGCCCAGUACAACUUUCACAACGUCAUCUGCAUCUGCUCCCGCCUUUUCUCGAUGCUGAUCAUCGUUCUCUUUCAUUAUGGCAUUGCCCAAGUGUACAAUUACUAUCUGUUUUGCUUUGUGCAAAAGUUCAACUUUCCGGAACACGUGCGAGAGUAUGCGGUCACUCACGGGCUCGUGCUGGCGGGUAACAAAACAGAAGAUUCGUCUCCUUGGUGCAACAAUUUAGUACCAUUGUCGUACUCGUUCGUGCAGAGUCAUUACUGGAACGUUGGCUUUCUGCGGUACUACGAACUAAAGCAGUUGCCGAAUUUUCUCCUUGCCCUUCCGGCCGUUUAUCUAACGAUCAGUAAUUCCUAUCGCUAUCUGUGCGAGCACUGGGACUACGCCCUUCGGUUAGGGCUGUUUCGACUGACUAAGAAGCAACAUAAAACUAUGCGCGUUUAUGAUCGAUUCGCGCUUGUUUUCGUCGUCCACGCACUAAUCCUUGCCGUCUUCUCUCUGCUAUUUGUGCACGUACAAGUUACUACACGGCUCCUGUGCGCUGCCAGUCCCGUUCUUUACUGGUACACGGCGGAUUACUUUACCGGCGAGCGCGCAUUUAUCAAACGGCAAGUCAUCAGGAAGCUCUCCAAGCAAGUGAAAGACGGCGAAGAAAAUAGUUGCACGCAUGUCCCAAAUCAUGUUGAUUUGAGCGAUCUGCUCGACUUUCAUUGGAUGAACUGGUGCCAGCAAGCCAUCCUAAUCUAUUUUCUCGGAUACACCAUAAUUGGUACGAUCCUGUUCAGCAAUUUUUAUCCCUGGACCUAG